AUGAAGAAAGACUCUGAUGGACUCGUCCAGUUAAGUAAGAAGAAGGCAGCUCAGCUGUCAAGAAUUAUUGAAUCAAGUAUUGUGCAUGGGAUGAAAUAAGAAUCCAACUAACCUUAGAAGUAAGGGAACUAAAAAAGAGGAAUUUACCAGAGAGAAAUUGAAGGAAAUAGAGAAAAAGUCUAAAGCAAGAAGAUAUCAGUUUAAAGUCAGCGAACUCGACUCAAAUAUCAACUUGAAGAACUAUUUGAUUGACAAAAUUGAGAAUAUGGGGUUACAGAGUGCUAAAUCACAGAUCUCUGGUAAAAUAGACACUUUUCUAAAUGAUGCAUUCAGGGUUCAGAACUUAAAGAACCAGACUAAGAAUUCUCAGCAGUCAGAUUACUUGGAGAAGCUGAAGCGUCUAAAUAAGAUUGGGGUGGUAGACCAUCCUUAUAAAAUCCCAUACAAGAAGAUCUAUGAGAGAGAUGAGAAGAAGAACCUUCUUGGCAGUUACUACUCGGAUCGAGCUAAUGGAAGGAAAGUUGAGUUUCUCAACACCAGGAUCCCCACACCUAAGAUGAAGUAUCAUCUCAAUGCGAAGGUGGUCAAGGAGUUAUUCAUGGAUGAACAGAUCAAAAACUAUGCUUGCUUUACCAACUUCAAUGUUAGGAUAGAUGGCAGAGCUAAAGAAAAAGGCAGAAUCAAGUAUAAAGAAAACCCACAGGAGUUCAAGGAAGAAAUAUUUUAACAAGAAGAUGUCUGUGAGUGGGCUUACUAAAGCUUUCAGCAAGCUUUCCUCUCUUAAAGAUAAUUAUCUCUCAGAUGCUGAUGUUUACAAUUUCAUCAAAAAUAACAAGGAUGUAAUAAAUGAAGAGGAUUGAAUUAAUACACCUUCCUUUGCUAGUCCAAGAGUGAGGUUGAAGGAUGAGAAAACUCGUUUUAACUCUACUCAAAAUUUUAUGCUCAAAAAGAAGAUCAACACUCCUAAUAGCAAGCACACAAUCUUCACUAGUCUUGAUAACCGGCCUCGUUGCAGCUUGAAUACUAGCAAGAUUGAGAAAAGAGCUAAAUCUACUCUGAAGGAAGGGAAGAUUAAUGUUUCUAUUAAGGAUAAGUCUUUGAACAUCCAAAUUGAGGAGAGUAAGAUUUCUCCUGCAAAGACUCCCUCUAAGCUGCAUCAGAUCAGUGUUUCUAAUAGCAACAUAGACACAUCUAAGAAUUCCUUUCAAAGGUUUCAGUCUAAUCUUCAAAGAAACAACAGGAUCUGUGAGAAGAUCAAGAGGUCUAAAAAGGAGUUUUAUUCAACAAAAUAUCCGAAACUAAAGUCCGUUUCUCCAAGUGUGACCAAGAGUCCAAUAUCACAAUUGUUGAAGACUAAGGAUUGCGAGCAAGAGUCUUCAAAAUUACGCUCUAAAGUCCUAUCUUUCAUAUGAAAACUAGACACUGAAGUGAAGAGAGCAAAGUCCAAAAGAAAGAUCUUCACUAAGAUCAGACCUAAGAAAGGUGUUUUUAUCUCCAAAUAUGCCUAUUUUAAAGAAAAAGCAGCUCCUCUUCCAAAUGAAGUCCUUAACCUGGAUUUGUAGCCUGAAGGAGCUAAUGAUCCACUCAUAAUUCUAAGUAUUCAACUUG